CGCAGUAUUAGUUUGUACAUACUUAAGCGACCGUGUCCUCGAGCCUUAAGGCUAUUUUUUCGACGAUGGACCCACUGGGACUGUCAUAGCCAUGACCAACAAAACCACCGAGUACCCGCUCGCCCUGCCAUUCGCCACCAAGAUUGCCUAUGAAGACUCUGGUUCAAAAUAUUAUCGCAUACCCUCUAGUUAUUUUUCAGUCAGGAAAGCAGUUUCAAUCUCGCUCGCAUUCCUGAUAGUGGUGCUAUUUGAACGUUUCCGGCUGGGCUCGCGACUUGUAUCGGAACACAACAGUCUUGUUCUUUCUAGCGAGUCACAGCGAUUUUGGGGACAAUACUCUCCAUACUAUUCCGUGGAGGAAUAUGAGCCGCCUCCGAGUGGAUGUAGCGUGACGCAGCUUCAGCGUCAUGGCGCACGAUAUCCGACCAGUGGCUCGUCUAAGGAAAUCCAAGCAAGUUUGCGGAAAUUGCUGAACGCUUCGAGGUACAACGACAUGAAACUGGAAUUUCUUCGUUCAUACCAAUGGCACCUUGGUGAAGCUGAUCUUGUGCCGUUCGGCGCUACGCAGUCGUUUCAAUCGGGUGCAGAAAUAUACCUUCGGUAUGGGCAUCUCAUCGACGAUGACACGUUACCAUUUGUCAGAGCGUCUGGAGGAGAUCGCGUAGUGAAAUCCGCUGUUAAUUGGACUGCAGGCUUUUCCGAUGCAAGUGGACAGCUCUAUCAUCCAAUAGUCUCAGUCAUAAUUCCCGAGACAGAGAUGUCGAACAAUACCCUGGAGGAUCAUAUGUGUCCCAACUCCCGAGUAUCAGAAGAUGAAGCGAAUGUGUGGCGGGAUAUGUUCUCGGUUCCGAUCGUACACCGUCUUAACACAGCUGCUGUUGGAGCCGAGAUUCUCAGCGAGGAUAUACCGGGGCUAAUGUCCUUAUGCGCAUUCGAGACUGUCUUCGAGGAGAAAACUAGCCCAUUUUGCGACCUCUUCUCUCUAGAGGAAUUCCAAGCCUAUGAAUAUUAUCAGGACCUGCUGAAAUAUUACAAGACAGGGUAUGGAAAUCCUCUGGGUCGCGUGCAAGGUGUUGGUUACGUGAAUGAACUACUUGCGCGUCUCAGGGGGAGGCCUGUUGAAGAUCGCACGCAAACCAACUCGACCCUUGACUCAUCGCCGAUCACGUUCCCGCUUGAUAGAACGGUCUACGCCGACUUCUCUCAUGACAACGAGAUGGUCGCCAUCUACGGUGCACUCGGACUGCUCCCCCAGUCGUGCCCUCCUAACCCCACAAAGGCUGACCCGCGACGGACAUGGGUGGUUUCUCGUCUUGUGCCUUUCUCUGGACGGAUGAUCACGGAAAAGGUGCAGUGUUCCGAAGGCGGGACAUCAGGAGAUUUUGUUCGGAUUCUUAUCAACGACGCCAUUCAACCCUUGGAAUUCUGUGCAUUCGUGGAGAGUCAAGUCUAUGCUAGACACAAUGGCGCUGGAGAUUUUGAGAAAUGUUUUCCAGAAUAGAUCGUGACCCCCUUUUAAGGGGUUGAUAUAUUACUGUCUCGGCUGACGUAACCUCG